GAAAAAAAAAAUCAACCCUAAAAAUUUAUUAUUUUUCGGCCGCGCGACAAGUUCCUCAAAAUUCUUAGUUCUAGGAAAAAACUUAGUGCCCAGCAAAACACGGAGUGUAUUGUCUAAACAUUUCGUUUGGCAAUUUUUUUUAUAUUUUUUUUACAAUAUUGAUUUCAUUGUGAAUACACACAUACACACUGACGCAUGUGGAUACAGAGGAAAACAACAAUUGCUGGCGCGCAAAUACACACACACACGGACAGACGAAUAACAACAAUUGAUAAAUUAGACGCUAAAUGAGUCAAAUAUUGUGCUUGUACAAUUAAAGCCGAGUGUUUUGUUCCUGUUUUGCCAGAUAUUAUAAUGUCUUGCUGCAAUAGUGUGGACAACCCUGAUAAGAUGCCAAAGCUGAACGGUGUUCUGAGUUUACGGAAUGGAAGGCACAAGAUAUCGAAGGACCCAUUGCUGGGGCAGCAGGUGCACCAGCAGCAGCAGCAGCAACAAAUGCAGCAGGAGCAGGAUCAGCCCCAGCAGCAGCAGCAACAAGCCACGCCACAAAAGCAGGCAAUGUCGCCGGACGAAAAGAAGGCCACCAAGAAGUCCCUGGUCAUCGUGGCGGCGAUCUUCGUGGCCAGCCUGGCCACCAUGUGCUAUGUGUACGCCAUAUUCCCCGAGCUGAACGCGUCGGAAAAACAACAUUUGAAAAUACCGCGUGAUAUCCAAGAUGCUAAGAUGCUGGCCAAGGUCCUCGAUCGUUACAAGGACAUGUACUACUUCGAAGUGAUGUUCGGCGUCGUGGUCGCCUACGUAUUCCUGCAAACAUUCGCCAUUCCCGGAUCGCUGUUUCUGUCGAUUCUGCUUGGAUUCCUGUACAAAUUCCCGAUUGCCCUGUUCCUCAUCUGUUUCUGCUCGGCGCUGGGCGCCACCUUAUGCUACACACUUUCCAAUCUGGUGGGACGCCGCCUGAUCCGGCACUUUUGGCCAAAGAAGACCAGCGAGUGGUCCAAGCACGUGGAGGAGUACCGAGACAGUCUGUUCAACUAUAUGCUAUUCCUGCGCAUGACACCGAUCCUGCCAAACUGGUUCAUCAAUCUGGCGUCACCGGUGAUUGGAGUGCCGCUGCACAUUUUCGCCCUGGGAACCUUUUGCGGUGUCGCACCGCCAUCGGUAAUUGCCAUCCAGGCGGGGAAGACCCUCCAGAAGAUGACCAGCUCGAGCGAGGCCUUCUCCUGGACCUCGAUGGGCAUCCUGAUGGUCUGCGCGUGUGCCUCUCUGUUGCCUGGCCUCCUUAAAAACAAGUUCAAGCACAAGCAGGAGAAGGAGGCGUAAGCUGGAGUCUGGGAACCUGGAAACUUAACAACCGGAGAGUCCUCAAUCCGAUAUAUGUAUGCUGUAUGCUAUUCCCCCAAACUGAAACCAAAACACACCCGAAAAAUCAUUAAUUGUAAUUUAUAUACAUAACAAAGCAGAGCAAAAGUUGGAAGGCACUUCGGGUCUCGAUCCACUACGUUUAAGUGUACUACAAA